CUUGCUUCCUCUCCACUUUCCUCCACACGCACUCUACUUUUCUCUCUGCUUUUUUGAGCUCAUCCACACCGCAUUCUUUCUCCUUGCCACUUUUUUUUUUCUCUCUGUUUUUUUUCCAUACUUCUGAAUUGAGCAACCUUCAAGAACUCUUCUUAUCAUCAUUACAUGUCAUUUUAACUCCAAUCUACUUUCACCUUCGCUUCUUUAUAUGUCCGAAAGCAUAGCAACACACCUCCCUCAAGAUAGAUUUUUUUGUUUUGUUUUGUCAGGCAAAUUAAUUUCCACUCCUCUAUAAGUUUUCUUUCUUGGUUCUUAGUUUUGACUCUAAUUCUUCAUCUGGGUCCUCUAAACUUUUCUGAGAUUCCCUUCAGUUUUUCCUCUCUUGCUGUCAAGAUAAUUGCUUGUUGUUUUCUUUCCUCUCAUGGAAAAAGACAAGUUGUUUAUGAGCGAGGGAGCCAACACAGCAGCUCCCAUUUGGAAUUCUUGCAGUUUUGGAAUGGAAAUGCAAACCGAUGAGCUGAAUUGCAGUUCAGGGCAACUUGCCAAUUGCUUUCUCAAUCCCAAUUGGGACAACUUAUUGGAUCAGAGCGAUCCCUUUGAGUCUGCUUUGAGCUCCAUUGUCUCAUCUCCAGUGGCAUCCAGUGUCAAUGCCAACGUUAUUUCUAAUGCUGGCGUUGGUGGUGACAGUGUUUUGAUCAGAGAACUUAUUGGAAGACUAGGAAACAUUUGCAAUUCCGGCGACAUGUCUCCACAAUCCUACAUUAACAACAAUAACAACAGCACCAACACUUCUUGUUAUAGUACCCCAUUGAAUUCCCCUCCAAAGCUGAGUAUUUCAAUGAUGGAUUCACAGAUGAGAGGAAAUCUGCCAAUUCUUGGAAACAGCUUAGUAAACCAUCCAAGUUUAGCACCAUUUCCUGCUGACCCUGGAUUUGUAGAGAGGGCUGCUCGAUAUUCUUGCUUUGGAAGCAACAAUCUUGGAGGCCUAAAUGGACAAUUCGGAUUGAAUGAAUCAGAAUUGAUCAAUAGGAUGAUGCCCCGAGUAGAACCUGGUAAGCUGUCGAGAGUUUCGAGUAACAAUUCAAUGAAGGUCGCUGGAUCGCAAGCAAAUGUUCAAGAAAGCAAUAAGAGCUCACCCCAGGAUGGGAAUUUGAAUUCUGAUAAGAAAUUCAGUCGGUUGUCAAGACCUUCAACACCAGAGAAUGGAGAUUCCAGGGAGGAAUCUUCAGUGUCCGAGCAGAUCCCGGGUGGGGAAUUGAGCAUGAAAUCCCAGACUGAUGCCAAUUCCAGGAAAAGAAAAUCAAUUCCCAGAGGAAAAGCCAAAGAAACUCCCUCUCCCUCUCCCUCUGCUUCUGAUGUCAAGGUUGCAGCAGAGAAUGAUGAAUCGAGUGCAAAAAAAAGCAAAUCAGAGGACACUAAUGGGAGUGACAAGGAUUCAGCAAAGGCCAUGGAAGAAGAAAAUGGAAAUCACAAACAGAAAAAAGACAAUUCAAACCCGCCAGAGCCACCAAAGGACUAUAUCCAUGUCAGAGCCAGAAGGGGUCAGGCUACAGAUAGCCACAGUCUUGCUGAAAGAGUUAGGAGAGAAAAAAUCAGCGAAAGAAUGAAGUUUCUUCAGGAUCUUGUUCCUGGAUGCAAUAAGGUUACUGGGAAAGCAGUGAUGCUUGAUGAGAUUAUAAACUAUGUGCAGUCAUUACAGCGCCAGGUUGAGUUUCUGUCAAUGAAGAUGGCAACUGUGAACCCGAAGAUGGAAAUUAACAUGGAAACUUUCUUGUCCAAGGAUAUUUUCCAAUCCCGUGGAUCCAUGCCACAUGGUCUUUAUCCAUUAGAUUCCUCCACGCCGGCAUUCCCUUAUGGUUACCAAUCCCAGCAAGGGUUAGCCCUACAAGAUGGCAUGUCCAGGAAUGCAGAAUCCCAGUUCUCUAUGAACCCAUUAAAUGCUGCAUUGCGGCGAAGCUCGAGUAUGCAGUUGCCUGCCCUUGAUGGCUUUGGUGAUGCUUCUCAUCAGGCCUCAGCAAUGUGGCAAGAUGAUCUUCAAAGUGUUGUGCAGAUGGGAUAUGGUCAGAAUCAGCAGCAGGACUUUCAAGGCUCAGUGCCACCAACUCAGAUGAAAAUUGAGCUAUGAUUUAACCAAUAAACAGUCAUUGAUUCCACUGAGGCCCCCCCCUCCCCAGAGAGAGAGGCCUGCCUCAGAAUGUACAGCCAGGUUCCAGUUUGCAUCAUCACUCUUUAGCAAGGAGAAAGACAACUUACUCAUCAUCUAUAUAUUUAUAUAUAUUUAUGUUUUUUCAGUGAUUUAAGCAACUGAUUCUUUGGAGAGUUCUUAUAUAGAGCUCCUUACAUUGUAAAAUCUAGAACUAAUUGCAGUCAUUGGUGCUAUCCAACUAUUUAUUCUACAAUAUAGCCUAUAAUUACAUUUAA